GACUUAAAAAAAGCAGGUUUGCUGAUCUUUGCUAACAAGCAGGAUGUGAAAGAGUGCAUGACGGUAGCUGAAAUAUCGCAGUUUCUGAAGCUGACUUCAAUUAAGGAUCACCAGUGGCACAUCCAGGCGUGCUGUGCUCUAACUGGAGAGGGACUGUGCCAAGGACUCGAAUGGAUGAUGUCAAGACUUAAGAUCAGAUGA